GCUGGCUCAAGCUCUACUGCCUGCCUUGAGUCUGUGCUGCCGCCAGGAUGCGGUGGCGGGACCGCGUGGCCGUGCUCUUCUUCCCACAAGGCAUGAUUCUCACUGUGGCUGCACUGAUGCUCUUCAUAAUCCACCUGACCGUCUUCGCCAGCGACGUGCACAACUUCUGCGUCACCCACCACUAUGACCGCAUGAGCUUCCGCUACACAGUUGUCCUGAUGUUCUCCCAGGUGAUCAGCAUCUGCUGGGCUGCCAUGGGAUCGCUCUACGCUGAGAUGACACGUGACAAGUUCCUUCGAUGCUUUUCCCUGACCGUCCUGACGCUCAAUGGAGCUAUGUUCUUCAACCGCCUGUCCCUGGAGUUUCUGGCCAUCCAGUACCGGGAAGAGAACCACUGA